UUUUUUAAAACAAUGAAUACACUGUAGUACAAAGAUCCUAGGUCCCAAGAAAAGUCAGACAGUUCCAGGAUUUAAUAUUGCCUUUGUCCACAAAACAUUCAAAUAAAUAACAAAUUAAAAAAUAUUCUAAAGGCACAGCUUUUAACUGGAAAGUUAAAAAGAAUGCUCAAAAAUAUAACUUAUUGGUUAAAGAACAAAUUGCAAUGCCAUGAAGUAUUUUAAAUCAAAAUAUUGCCUAGGAGAACUUGUAAAUAAGGGCAAAAUAGUACUUAGAAAAUUGUAGACCCUUUCAUAUAACUACUCUUUACAAAGGAGAGUUGUAGCAAAGUGUAGUAGGCUGGCAUGCUCUCUCCGGCCUUUAGAAGACAAAGGCAGGAGGAUCAGGAGUGUAAGGAUAGCCCUGGCUAUGUAACAAGUUUGAAGUCAACUUGGGCUACAGAAGUCCUUAUCUCAAAUAAAUCAAAGAUGGGUAGGGAGGGACUUGAAAGCAAACAAGCUAAACACUGAAGCUAUCUAGCUAGCAAAAGAAUUACAAAGUAACAAAGCUAAACAAAAUAUAGGAAAAAUUCAAAGUCUUCGAACUACAAUUUUAUAUUCAAAUAUUUCCUGGUUAGAAAAAAAUGUGGGGAAAGUGCAAAACAAAUAAUGAAUCAUCUAAUCAAUAAUAAUGUAACACACACUAAAUAAAGUACAUCAUAAUAAAAAUAAUGAAAAGUGGGGUGUAAAUACAGCAAGAUCAUGAUUCAAACGGCAAAAUGAGCAAGUUUAUUCCCCAGUGGUAAAUAAAAAUUGAAACAUUUUUAGAAAACAAAAUAGUAAAAGUUUUAUAAGAAGAAGCAAAGCCAUGUGACCCCUCUCCUCCCUCCUUCUCCCUCUUCUCACAGAGAGCACUGCCUGCCAAGAAAGCUAGACCCAUAUGGUUAAAGGAAAGUUUUGCUGCUGUUUUGCUUUUUCUUCAUUGUCCUGGCUGCCCUGAAUCUCACUCUGUAGACCAGCCUAGCCUCUGCUUCCCGGAUGCUGGAAUCGAAGGUCUGUGCAGCCUCUGUGGCUGCUGGUACCACUGGCUUACGCACUUCCAGUGCAUCUUAUGCGGCUUCUACACUCCCCACUUCCAACCCUCCCAUAUUCAACCUUUUAUCAUUUUGUUACAAUAAUUAGGUAGAUGACCACUAAAGGGCAGUUAUAAACAGCAGGCAUAAUUAAUCGGAAACGUGGGAGUACAAGGAUGCUUGCCAGACAAGGGGACCUCCUGGCCAUCCGUUAUGCUCUGCGUUAUAUUCAGAGGGUGGUUCAUUUUAAUGAUCAAAACCCAGCGGGUUGGGGAUUUAGCUCAGUGGUAGAGCGUUGGCCCUGGGUUCGGUCCCCAGCUCCGGGAAGUGGGGGGGGGGGGGACCAGCCUCCUCUGGGAAGGUAGUUCCUACUCAUUCAGUUCAGUGAGGAACAGUAUAGAUUAAGUUGGCCCUGGACAUGCUUCUGAGGGUUUUGUUUUUGUUCUUGUUUUUUUUUUUUUUUGUUUUGUUUUGUUUUUGUUUUGUUUUGUUUUGUUUUUCAAAACUGGGUUGAGUUAGGAAGGCCCACCCUGAACAUGGGCGAGGCCAUUUCAUGGAUUGGAGCCUAGGCUGAAUGAAUGAGGGAGGGAACUAGCUGAUCGCUGGUGUGCAUAUCCAUCCGUUCACUGCCAGCUGCUCUUCGCUGUGGAUGUCAUGUUACUAGCUGCUUAUGUUUCUGGUGUCUCGACUUACCAGCAAUGAUGGGCUCUAAGAGGAAUUGUGAGCCAAAUAAAUUCCUUCUCCCCUAAGUUUCUUUUGUCAUGCUAUUCUCAUACCAAGAGGAAAAAAAGGUAAGCUGAGCGAUAGUUUAGAUCAAUGGUUCUCAACCUUCCUAAUGCUGUGACCCUUUAACACAGUUCCUCAUGUUGUGGUGACCCCCUUAACCAUGAAAUUAUUUUUGCUACUUCAUAACUGUAAUUUUGCUACUGUUAUGAAUCGUAUUGUAAAUAUCUGAUGCGCAAGAUAUCUGAUAUAGGACCCUUGUGAAAGGGUCUUUGGUCCUCACCCACUGGUUUAGAUACUUGGAAUAGUUUAAAAACAAAACAGGAUUAAGAGCGGGGUCAUGAGAGGACUAACACUAGUAAUCUGUCCCCACAACUCUCCAGCCCUUUGCCAAACUCCAUUGGCAGACCUUGGCCACCAUGACCCCCUGCCUUUGUUCCUUGUCCGUGGGCCUUGCGGGCACUUCUCUAACUGGGUGUCUCGAGGCGCGGAGCAUACAUCUGACCCUGUAUCUAAAGCAGGACAAAGGAGGAAGGGGACUGAUGCUUCUGGCCCUCUCCUCCGAAGGCUCUAGAGCUCUCAGCGCCCCAGCAUUCCACCGCUUUGUGCGAAGGGGCGAACCCCGCGGGACGCGGCGUGGAGCUGCCCGCCCCUCCCGUGAGUCGCCGUGGCCGCCCGCGCCGCACCCACUUCCUCUUUCCCUUCCGCGCGCCAGCCAACCGCUCGCCAAAAAUUCCUGUCACUUCUGACAGGAAGCGGGGAGGCCGCGCUGGGGCGACCAGUCGCGCAUCUCCGCCGCGCCCCGGGACCAGGUCUGCUCCUGGGCCGCAGCCCCGCCCGGUCCUCCACCCCCGGCUGGGCCCAGUCCUCUGUCCUCGCCUCGGCCGCGGUCCGCCUGGUCCUCCCUUCCCGUCCCCGCCGCUCGGCCCUCCGUCCUCUCCCGGCCCAGUCCUCUGUCUCUCUGUUGCUCGAUCUUCAGCCACCGCGCAGCCAGGUCCUCCGUCGCGGUGGCGGCCGGGUCUUCAGGCGCGAGCCCGCCAUGGAGGUGGAGGAGGCGUUCCAGGCGGUGGGCGAGAUGGGCCUCUAUCAGAUGUACUUGUGCUUCCUGCUGGCCGUGCUGCUGCAGUGGUUCUUAAUUGCCAACCGGUCUUACAAAGUCAGCGCAGCCAGCUCCUUUUUCUUCAGUGGGGUGUUUGUUGGCGUAAUCUCCUUUGGUCAGCUUUCAGAUCGCUUCGGGAGGAAAAAAGUCUAUCUCACAGGUUUUGCUCUUGACAUCUUAUUUGCCAUUGCAAAUGGAUUUUCCCCCUCAUACGAAUUCUUCGCAGUAACUCGCUUCUUGGUGGGCAUGAUGAAUGGCGGGAUGUCCCUGGUGGCCUUUGUCUUGCUAAAUGAGUGCGUGGGCGCCGCCUACUGGGCACUUGCAGGAUCGAUUGGCGGUCUCUUCUUUGCCGUUGGCAUCGCACAAUACGCCCUGUUAGGAUACUUCAUCCGCUCCUGGAGGACCCUAGCCAUUCUGGUCAACCUUCAGGGAACAGUAGUCUUUCUCUUGUCUUUAUUCAUUCCUGAAUCACCUCGUUGGUUGUACUCCCAGGGUCGGCUGAGUGAGGCGGAGGAGGCCCUGUAUCUCAUUGCCAAGAGGAACCGCAAGCUCAAGUGCACGUUCUCACUAACACAUCCGGCCAACAGGAGCUACAGGGAAACAGGAAGCUUCCUGGAUCUGUUCCGUUACCGGGUCCUCCUAGGACAUACUCUGAUCCUGAUGUUCAUCUGGUUUGUGUGCAGCUUGGUGUACUACGGUCUUACCUUGAGUGCGGGUGACCUAGGGGGGAGCAUUUAUGCCAACCUGGCUUUAUCUGGCCUCAUAGAGAUUCCAUCCUACCCUCUCUGCAUCUACCUGAUUAACCAAAGAUGGUUUGGUCGGAAGCGGACACUAGCGGCGUUUCUGUGCCUUGGAGGACUGGCCUGUCUUAUUGUGAUGUUUCUUCCAGAAAAAAAAGACACAGGUGUGUUUGCCGUGGUCAACAGCCAUUCCUUGUCCCUGCUGGGAAAGCUGACCAUCAGCGCUGCCUUCAACAUUGUUUACAUCUACACCUCUGAGCUGUACCCCACUGUCAUCCGAAACGUUGGCCUCGGAACGUGCUCCAUGUUCUCCCGAGUCGGUGGGAUCAUUGCUCCCUUCGUCCCCUCUCUGAAGGACGUGCAGUGGUCCCUGCCCUUCAUCGUGUUUGGAGCCACAGGCCUGACCUCAGGCCUCCUGAGCCUGCUCUUGCCAGAGACUCUGAACAGUCCUUUGCUGGAGACAUUCUCUGAUCUUCAAAUGUACUCAUAUCGGCGGUUAGGGGAGGAAGCGCUGUCUCUACAGACCUUGGAUCCUCCACAGCCCCUGGGCAAGGCCAGCAGCUUGGGGAGCGAGAGUGAGGAAGAGGAGGAAGAGUUCUAUGAUGCAAAUGAGGAGACACAGAUGAUCAAGUGAAGAGCCCGAAUUCCUGCCCAGAAGCAAAGCCCCAUCAUUCUUAGUGCCUCGUUCAGCUUCAGCACCAGAGACUGCUCAGCCCACACUGAUGCUUUCCAGACAGGAGAGGCGGUUGGAGGACAGAUUCCACAAGGGAGAACUUGCUGCAUGGAGAGUCGUUGUCAGGACUGAGGCUGAGCCCAGCACCGUGCCUCUGGCUGCACAGCUCAGAUCCACCUUGUGUCUCAUGCUGCUUCCCUUCCUCGGGACCUAAGAGCUGGUGUGCGAAACUGCUCACACUUUUACUAGGGUUAGCCAGACCUUCCCGGGAUUUCACCUUCCUAGUAAGCUUCACGGGAUCCCUGUCACUUGCUUCUCCCCACCAGGAAUCUUCUGGUGCAGGCUGAUGUGUACAGAGCUCCCAGCUUCCCCUGGGCUCAUCGGCUGGUUCCCAGCUCAUUGGUUGCCGGGGCUGCUUGUGCCUUUAGUCUGAGUUCAUUCACUGGUGAAUUCCAGAAUCUGCGGAGCAGUUAUCCGUCAUCAGAGGACUGGCUGUGGCAUGGUAGCUCCCGUUGGCACUUGCGUUGUGCAAUUUUCCCAGUUCCCACUUGGAAGCAGUUGGGGAAUUGUUUUUUCUUUGUGAGAUUCUAGCCAUCAGCAAUAAUUUGAAAAUCAUGCCCAGCCAACAACGAAACUCUACAGACUGAGGGUGGUCAGCGCGCGAUGCACUAAGCACCUGUGAAAUGACCUAAGAGUGAAGAUUCUCAACAGUGUGCAAUGAGGGAUUUGCACAGCACACCAGGGUUUGAACUCUGCACUACAUCAGCCUCUACUAGUGGGUUAUUUUUUUCUUUUAAGAAAAUGGUGAGUUUUCAUUAAGUGCUUCCAUGGAUUUCCAAAUGAAUCAAAAUCACACCUAAUACCUAUUUCUCACAGAACUUGAACACUCUCAAAUAGGCAUAUAAGCCAGAGUCCACGUGUGGUCAAUCGGUCACUUCCCGACCAGGGAAGCGGCUGUGUGUUUAGGAUUUCUGUGUAUGCUAAUCUCUGGGGAGUAGAAAGCACACAAAUGUUGAGGGAAAGGUGCUCUGUAGAUGCUCCUGGAAAUUGUGCAAGCCUGCAUUCCUUGCCUCCAGUUAUGCUCCUGGACUCCUCCAUGUUGUCUCGGCUUCUACUGUAUCCAUCUGCUCCUCUGUUAGGUCAUCUUUCCUUUAUGCCCUGGCUCAUGGGGGAGCUGUUUCUACCACUGUGGAGAACCCUGGCCGGCCAGGAUGUGGUGAAGACCCGAUAGUGACCCUGUGUCUGUCAGGAAGAUGAUGGAACUCCCGGCAGCAUCUUGUCCCACACUCCGAAGUACGAAGUCCUGCUGCUUUCCUCUCCGGGAAAGGGAGGUCAGCUCUCCUCAGGAGAGGAAGAAAAGGGCUUCCAGAAACUCUUGGUUCUCGUCCAAUAAAGUGUCUAAAAUAAACCAGUAAAUUUAUAUAA